AUGACGCUCUCAGAUGCGCCGCUCUCUUUCGAACAGCCCAUCACCGUGAAUACUCACUCCAAGGCAUAUUCAGAAGGUGACAAUCAUUCAAGGGAAUGUGCCAUGCUGCGGUAUGUGUACGUCAAUGUUGUGGAUGACAAGGAGGGCGAACUUGGCACGCUGCGCGCACUACAAAUUCACCGAGACACGCACCACGAAUAUCUCGAAGCCUUGGAUGUCGAUUCACGGGAGAUGUACGAGUUUGCCACGACGUUGUUCGACGAGUCCGGCGAUUUUAGGAGUGAGCUUAUGGAGGACGACUACCUGAGGGGCACAGGCGUAUGGGGCCGCGAGCUGGACAACGACGCGCCUCUCUUGUACAUCAAUUCGAUUCAUGUGGAGAAAAAGCACAGGAGGCGAGGAAUAGCAUCCUUGCUCCUGCAAACGUUGGCGCAGUCCGAGUACACCACACCUCAAACGUUCAUCUUUGUUUGUCCCGUGCCAUCGUUUGAACAAGACACAUAUGUGGCGUGGAGGAAACAGACACCCACCGACGCCGCCUUGUAUCGUAAGAAUCACUACCGCCGUGUGGGACGGACCAAAUACUUGGCCUACGCACCUAACCCUGGGCAUCGCUCUCGGUUGCUUGCCGUCGAGGACGACGUCGAGUGCCUCAACAAGGCUUUCCAUCAUUGGCCCUCUCAAACCGACAGCGCGUCAUGUGCUGCGAACGCCUGGUUGCAUCGGAUGAUUGAAAGUACGGCACAGCCAUCUGGCCUCUCAACGGAGGAUGUUGCAGACGCUAUCCGAGAGGCAUAUCGCCGGGACCCAGCUCUGAUCCGCCAGAAGGACAAUCGUGGCUUCGCACUUAUCCACACAGCCGCCAAUGCCGCCAAUUUGCGCGCGAUACAAGCCCUUCUUGCCCUCCCUUCCCAAAGCGGAGUUGUGGAAGACGCGCUUUGUUCGAUGGAAAACCAAGCAGAACGCACCGCGGUUGAGCUCUGUGAACAUUAUAUGCUGAACUUGAAGCACCACGCGCAGACGCUACCGGACCAACAAUGGAACGGCCACAGCCCUGACGCGCUGCGGUGCGAGAUCCUCCUGAAGAAUGCGGAAGGGUUUGGUAUGAUCACUCUAUCGGAAGAAGCGUACAUUGCCAGUCGCAAGUGGGGCUGCACGUGCGAGAGGUGCACGGAUGGCUGGCUCUCCGAACGGAUGCGCUACAGGAUGUUGCACGGCGCUGAAGUGGACGCGGACAUCAUGGAUACCAUUGCCGAGACCGCACACAGGGGCGCCCACUUUGACAAAGAGUUUGCGGCCCAGCAUCUCCCGCCAGCAGUCCGUAGUGGUGGCGUCACCAAGCUCAUGUUCCAGGACUAUGCCGAUGUCGUCCGCGUGAUCGGCCUCGUCCUUCGCCAGCCAGGGACCGCGGGCAUCCCCUCUGUCGACAAUGUUCGCCAUGCGCUCGGAGGGCUGGGAAAACGCUUCUUCGCCAAGGGCGGCCGCAUCGAACACGCUUUGAACUACGUUCUCCACGGAGCAAAGGCACAGUCGCCAUGGGGAGACAACCUGUGGGAUGCACUUCAAGAAGGCUUGGCCAUGGAGGGUGACACGAAUGCGAUAGCUUACAAGGCGAUGCGGGAAUGUGACAACGACCUGGAGUUCGCCUUGGUCAGGCAGAGGCUGGGACUCCCGCAAACCGGCCACUUUACGGGCAAGUACGUGACCCGCGCGGACACGGAUGGAUGGGAAGGUGACGACGAAUGUAUGACGGACGACGGUGGGGACACUGAGAAUGAGGACGAUGCAAUGCUGGACGAGGACAGAGAGUCACUGUGUAGCCUCGCCCAUGCCCGGAUUGACCGCCAUGGCCUCGUCGCGCGGUUCAACCCCGUCCGAACGGCGUCGAGUGCGAGUACCCCAAUGCAGGUCGGGAACGGCCACUUCGCUUUCGGCGCCGACGUCACUGGCCUGCAGACCUUUCUUCCGUGGCCAACCAUAUCUGACUUGGGGUGGAAGAACGACUCGCUUCCCGCAGGCACCACCACAGCGGACAUUGCGGCCUACCGCGGUGUCGUCUGGGACGGGGUGGAGUACGAGUUUGGGGGUCCCGAGCCGGAGCAGCAGUGGCUCAUCUCUAACCCGAACCGUGUUAACCUGGGCCGUGUCGGACUGUUGUUGCUUAAUGGGAGCGGGGAAGCGGCGAACGUGACAGAGGAGGAGCUGGAGGGGAAAAGGCAGUGGGAGGGCGCGGACGUGCGCGUACAGACAGUCGUGGCGCAGGAGAGCAACACAGUCGGUGUCACGAUCACGUCCCCGCUCCUGCAACGCGGUCGCCUUGGGGUAUUCCUCGACUUCCCGUGGAACGAUGGCGUCCAGAAAUUCGAGGCGCCUUUCGUCGGCGUGUGGAACGCGACGAGCAACCAUACCACGGCGCUGCGCACGGGCGGUGGGCUGGGCCGUAAUACCCAGGCGCAGAUCGCGCACACAUUGGAUGCCACGACGUUCUUCACUUCCGUCGGAGGAGACGCCUUUUCCGUCAACCGAGUCUCGCCGGAUGCGCACCGCUACGAGUUCGUCCCGCACCAGAGCCAGCAAACGUUCGCCGUCGCCAUCUCGUAUUCGCCGGGGCAGUCCAGGCGGCAUCGAGCGUGGAGGAGGUCCAGCCGGAGUCCGAACAGGCUUGGGGUGACUUCUGGUCCAAUCACGGCUUCGUGGACGUCUUGA